AUGUAUCGAGCAGCCGCUCUCCGCCGUAUCCUGCUUGGGACGACAGCCGAACAGGACACGGAAGAGACAGAAAAUAACACACCCAGUCAGCCUGUUUCGCUCUUCGCGGAUCCCGACGACUCUCCCCGCCCAGAAGGCGCGACCACGACAUCGGAUGCCAACCAAACCAACACACAGUCAUUCUCCUCCAACCAUAGGAGAUCAUAUUCAGAAACAAUAGAAGCGGCACUGGCACCAAAUCGCCCUUCGUCGUCGCAUUCCUUAUUCUCCACCGGACACGCCAGUCGCAGCAACGCCUCUCACCGUGGUCGAGGAAGAGGAGGCAGGCACUCAGCACCAGCUUCCACACGCCAAGGCAAUACAAACCCGAGACAAGGCGAGGAGGACAUGGAUUCGGAAGAUGCAUAUGAGCAAGAACUUGCCCUUGCCCUGAAAUACGGCAUGCUUGACGACGACUUUGACGACACCUUCCCAGACCAACGCGAUGACAAUGAAUGGUUGAUCAGGCAGUACAAUGCCUCACGCGGGAUUCCAGAUGCCGGCGAGUCGUCGCGGCAACUCAGGCCACUUCAAGCCGGCCACAACGCCAACAAUUCGCAACGAGAGCAGCAGGCCCACCGCUACAACCCGCAUACAGGCUGUCAUGACGACCAAGCGCAUACCCAACCCUUCGAUGAUUCCCGCCGAGGUCUAAAUGCCGCGCCCAAGCGUUCGUACGACAGGACCGAGAGCGCAGACGACCAAGACAUUGGCAAAGCACUCCACAACGAUGGCGCUGUGGCUGUCAUACUAUACGACAGCGCCACUCCAAACCCCGAAGCAAACGAUAUUUGGCCCGAGUGUCGCAGCGCAACAAAACUACCGGCUCGCUACUACUUGAUCGACGAGGGCAAGACUCCCCACAAUGCGACUUGCAAGUUCCGGCCCAACAAGAAGAACAGGAAGAAGAAAGCAGCAGCAUCAGCAGCGGCUAAAAAGACCGACGAGCCAAAGCCAGUUGUCUGUGAUACAGCCGGUCGCCCUGAGUGGAGGCUGCCCGUAGAGCUGAUUGAGUUGAUCGCCGAGCACCUCAACCGAGAUGACAUCAAAUCGCUGCGCCUUGUUAGUCGCGAGCUAAAUCGCAAUGUCUCGCAAGUCAUAUUCCAGACAGUCGUUGUUCCCUUUAAUACCGAGAUCUACGGCAUGCUUGGACAAGACGUAAACCCCGAUCUCAAGGGUAAGAGACGCGCCCGAUUCGAAAAACCCGGCUACUAUUGGAAAAAUGCCAAUGGCGACGAGGUAUACAACGGUCACGGUCUAGACGUCUUUCGCGGCUUUGGUAGGCACAUUCGGAAGUUCGGAAUGAGCUUCCAAGUCAACGAAGACUCUCUCUCUAUGCCGCCUGUAAAAUCGCUUACAGAGAAGAAGACCAGCUUCUGGGGCACCUACGACUGGCCUUUUGAGGAGUACCGUCGUUUCGAUGCUGUCGCUGGCCUUGAAACUGCCGCUGACGAAACGCCGCGAAUGACCGUCGCCUUCUCCGAGCUGACCAAGGUCAAGGAGCUCGCGCUCUCUGUUGAUAGCGGGCUGGGUUGGCUGAGUGGACCGGAUAAGUCUAUCCGGGCGCGCAUCUUGCAACAGCCUUCCAGUGUCUUCGGUUCCAGUAAACCCAUUCCCGACCGCAGAGUCCAAGCCCAGCAAGAGCUCUGGAACCACAUUGAGGCUGCCCAUCGAAAAGCCGGUAGCGACGUUCGGACGGCUAUGUUAUACAAACUGGAUACACAACGCCCGUUUUCCGAAUUGAGGGAUGCCAGCGUGCUAGCAGAUGUGCAACCAGAGAUGCCUUACCUGGACCCCCAGCUGAUACAAGGGGCACCUCCCCAGGACACUUCUGAAAUGCCUAUCCCUACAUCCUUUGAUGACCCAUACAUACUGGAGCGCUUUGUAUCGCCACCACCUCCCUUGGGUACGGGUGUUUUAUUCACAGCGCCCAUCUCAACAUCCGACGGCGGGAUGCUUAUGAGUCCGAUCAUACCCUCCAGUCUCACCAAAGCCCAGAAGGAGUGGUUAAUGGAGACUGAAUGGGCGCAGCGAGCUUUCAUGUCGUCCUAUAUGUUGUCCGUCAUUGACAACCCUACCACAUUCCAGCCCGUGCACACUUUGAACAUCUCCGGUCUGUCUGAUCGCUACCUACCUAUGCUCAACCGCGCCGACUUUUGGGAAGCACUACCAAACCUACGAACUGUCACUCUUAUGGUGAUACCAUGCUGGCGGACAGUCCACAAGGAUGAGGCAGGCUUUGUCGAUGCUCCCAAGAUCAACCCUAUCCAAGGCAUGAACUUGGUGUUUGAUCUACUUCGUGACCACGUGGCUUGUCGGCCAAACAUUCGCAACUUGACAGCUGGCUGGGUCACUGGUGGUGAACAUGCCGAGGGACUUUACGCGCGCAACAAACUCCUGUUCCCUGCUCCAGUCAUGGAUCUGCGAAUUCGUGCAACAAACCCGGUUUCCUACCAGCCUGCAGCGCUUGUUGAGACUGAUGUGACUCGCCUCAGGGCCUCAUUACUACAGUUUCCCCACCUCGAGCAGUUGACGUUGAAGAACUGCUGGAUCACACCACCGGCUUUGCUACAGUUUGUCAAGAUUCACGACUCGCAUAAGAUGCAGAAACUCGUACUAGAUUCGGUAUCCCUUACUGCUAUACUACGUCCCAACCCCGAUCCAAAUCAAGUGGGGCCUGGUUUCAAUGCGUUCGCUUUCCAUAACCCUCCUCAACCUGGGGCAGCCGUUAUAUGGGGGGCUCUUGGUGGUCAGCAUGCUCAACAUCCUCAGCCUGCCCAAUUAACGCCAAACCAACAAGUGUUUCUACUAACUACGGUUCAUACGCUCCAGGCACAACUUCAACAUCUCCAUGCGAAUGCAGUGGGAUUUCAUGUGAAUCAGAUCAAUGUUUUACAGAACAUUUUACAGCUACAGCUCCAUAAUCUGCAGCUUGCUGCACAAGGGAAUGCUCAAGCUCAGCCAGCAGGUCCAGCGAAUCCACCCCAAGCGCUCACGCAACAUCAAUUCAUGCAACAUGUUCAGGCAGCAUUUCCACAUCAACACCCGGCAGCACAGCCCCAUGCCACUACUGUCAUCAACGCUGUCGCUCAUGUGGCUGGACAGGUGCAUACAAUGCAACAUCAGAUUGGGCCACUCAAUCAACCUUUGCAUGCUGCAGUACCAGGGAAUGUGAAUGGCAUAACACCUCAAGCUACACUCCAAUCACAGCCUCGUGAAGGUUCCUGGAUGAAUAUCAUCGACCAGAUAUCUCCGGGCACUAACUUAUCCGACUUUGGAAACGAUCAUUCCAAGGCUGAUAUGGAUCGCGUCACUUCACUUCAAACAAUCGAAUUCAUAUCGUGCGGCUACGCAAAGCUACCCCAUACGUCUUUUGAUCAAAGCACCAUUGACGUCGGCAAUGGUUUCGCUGCUAUGCUCCGGGCGGUUCCCACUUUCCAUAGGCGGAUGGCUGUUCUGGCUCCUGCAAUGCUCGGUCACAAGUGGAGCUAUCUUGGCGAAAUUGUGCAAGACGUUGCCACAUGGGAGCUUGCUGCACUGGGUGCUGGCUGGAAUCUACAAACUGGCUGGGAGGACAAAGAAGCAGCGCGCGCAGUGGAGUUUGAUGGACUUCUUCCUGGAGGCACAGGCCGUUUUACAGGUGUUGUACGGCAGUCGGAUAGAUUACCUGACACGGACGCUAUUUAG